AACUUUGGAGAAGUUGCGGUCAUGGCGUCGUGUGGGGACAUCCUUCACGACAGAAUUCAUAAUGAGAAAUGGUUUACGGCUCGAGGACUCAAGGCAAUAUCCGAUGCGUCAGGAUGGCAGGUUGAAUCGGUGGCAAAGUUGGUAGCGUUGCUCCUCUUGUUUCUUCUUACAAGAAAUAGCAACUGGCUAGUGUGCAAUACAAUUCUUGUCGCCAUUCCUAUGCUUCUCACAUUUCAAUAUCCCGAUGAAAAACCUUCAUCAGAAAGCAUGAGGAUAUACUGGAUCUCUGCUUUUGUAAUGACCGCUUUCGAUCGGAUGCUAGAAGCCUUUCCUUUCUAUUACGUCAUGAAAUUGUCAACUCUUCUCUUUCUACUGGUCGAACCUUCAUGUCUGAACGACAAUAUUAAGAAUUUGUUGAUGGUAACGGUAACUUCUUCGAAGCCAACGAUCCGGCCAGCAUCCAUCGAAGAGAAGGAUGUAAUUACAGCAAAGUCAACUCCGGCAGCUUUGUGGUCAAUUGUGGAGUCACUUAAAUCGGCAAUUGCGCCUAGCAGCCCGAAAGGGGGAGAGUCACUUCGUGGCCGUGUUCCUCCUCGCAAAUCUGUCGAAAAUCCUCGUCAAUCUCAACCUCCUGCUUUGAAAAAUGAAGAGAACGUCAAUAAAUCUGGAUCUAAGGAGUCUACCGAAAGCAAAUCUGGAUCUAAAGAGUCCGCCGAAGGUGCACAGAAAUCGAAUACUGACAAACCUAAUAAAAGCAAGAAGACAACGGUUCCACUACAAGGUAGAGCAUUGAGCUUUGGCUCCUCAGUAGCUCCUAGCCCGUACGAAACUGGGCCAUUAGCAGCAAUGCCAAAGCCAAAACUCUCAUCGGGCGAGUCUAUAGGACGCGCUUCUGUGGCUAGCGGCCCACCAGUUGCCGUUGGAGAAAAAAGGAGUGUGACGUCAACUUAUGUAAAUAUACCAAAACCAUCAGGCGGUAGAGGCUCACUUCGUGUCCUUCGUCGUGCGAAAAAGUCGCCACAAAUGAAAAAGUGAUUAUUUUACCUAAUAUACCAAAGUAGAAUUAUUCUCGUACGUGUAAAUAAACUCGUAUCGCCA